AUGGCGAGUCAAACACCUCCUAUGAUGCCUGUCAAGUUAGUCAUUGAUCCAGAAGGUGCUUUGAAUGCCGCCAGAGGCAGUCUCCAUUCCAAGCUAUUAAAAGGCCUCUUCGAUCCCAUUGAUUGGUUUCUAUCUCAACAAUGCCAGUGCAUGGCAGAUUCCCUCUUUGCCUAUUCUUCCGGGCUUAGAAAGAUAGGUAUCUGGCCUAUAGAAUCAUGCAGCAAGAAGAGUGUUCAAGAAAUCCUAAACAACUUUGACAAAUUCGUCUGCGAGGUUCCGAAAAAAUGCUUGCUUAAAAUGCAGGUCGCAUCUAAGCUCUUGGUAUUGGUCGAAUAUGGGGAAGAAGGAGACCAUGCAGGCACAUCAGGCGAGGAAAAAGUAUGUGAUGUGCCAAAGAAGUUCAUCGACCUAACCACUAGUGAACAUCAUGUGUAG